AUGUCUGGAGAAAAUUCUAUUAUGUCUAGAGAAAAUUCUAUUGUUCGUUUUAAUGGCAAGAACUACAGCAGUUGGGAAUUUCAGUUUAGGAUGUUUGUGAAAGGGAAGGAGUUAUGGGGUCAUUUGGAUGGGUCUUCUAAGGCUUCCACUGAUCCCAAAGAACUUAGUUCAUGGGAAAGCAAGGAUGCCAGAGUUGCUUCCUGGCUACUUAGCUCUGUUGAACCUCAUAUGGUCAACAAUCUUCGUGGAUUCACUACUGUUAAGGCGAUGUGGGAUUACCUUCGGCAAAUUUAUUAUCAAGAUAAUUCUGCCCGAAAGUUUCAAUUGGAGUUAGACAUUGGAAACUAUCGCCAGGGGAACCUCUCUAUUGAGCAAUUUUAUUCCAGUUUUAUUAAUUUAUGGAGUGAUUAUUCUGGGUUGGUGCAUUCUCAGGUUCCCAAAGAAGCUUUGGCAGCACUACAAGCGGUUCACUCUGAGAGCCAGCGGGAUCAAUUCUUGAUGAAGCUCAGACCUGAGUUUGAAAGUGCACGAGCUGGGUUAAUCAAUCGCACACCUAUCCCCUCUUUGGAGGUUUGCUUGGGUGAACUUUUGCGUGAAGAACAGCGUCUGGCCUCACAGCAUGGCCUUGAUCAAGACACUGGUGGUUCUGAGAUGGUUAAUAUGGCAUACGCUGCUCAAAGCAGAGGACGAUCCAGAUCUCCACCACAAUGUUAUAGUUGCAAGGAAAUUGGGCACAUUGCCAAAUAUUGCAGCAAGAAAUUCUGCAAUUAUUGCAAGAAGGAGGGUCAUAUUCUUAAGGAUUGUCGUGUACGUCCUCAGAAUCAAUCAGCUCCUGCUUUUCAUACUGCUGUUCAGUCCGCUUUUGUGCCUAUAUCUUCCACUUCGUCCGCUGUUCCGAGUUCCUCUUCCAACAUUACUUCCGAGCAAGUUCAACAGAUGAUUAUUUCUGCUCUUUCUGCUAUUGGUCUCCAAGGUAAGACACAGCUCCUUACUUCUCCUUGGUUAAUUGACUCUGCGGCUUCCAAUCACAUGACUGGCAGUUCAGCAACUUUACAAGAUGUUCGUAAGUAUGAUGGUCAGCAGCAUAUUCAGAUUGCAGAUGGCAGUACUCUUCCCAUUACUGCAGUUGGAAAUCUGGGGUCUUCCUUUACUAAUGUUUUCGUGUCUCCUGAUUUAUCUGCCAAUCUCAUUUCUGUGGGACAAUUAGUAGAAGAUAAGUGUUCUAUUCAUUUUGAUCGUUUUGGUUGUCGUGUGCAGGAUCAAGCGUCGGGAUAG